UUCGAUUGUAACAUAACCAAGAAAAUCAGAGUAUCUUCGUACAGUGGCAGAUUCGAGUGUACUUAGGUAAUGUGAUCGUUAUACGUUUCUGUUAUUAAGAUAUUAAGAAAGUUGUAGAAAGAAUAUUUCAAGUAAUCAAAAUAUGUAUAUUUCAACAUUUUUACAUAUAUUUCUACUUGGUUUAACGGUACUUAUUAUUAACGCAGAAUUUUCUGCAGAUGAUUGUAAAAAAUUAGGUUUUAAUAAGGCUAACCUAUUGUGUUCAACAUGUGAUAAAUUCAACAAAUAUAAUGUGCCAGAAAUCUAUGACAAAUGCAAGGAAUGUUGUUUGAAGGAUGAUGAUUAUGAUGUAUCUGGCUUUAAACGAUAUCCGAAAGCAAUUCUUAAGGUUUGCACAUGUAAAUUUGGUGCAUAUCCUCAAAUACAAGCAUUUAUAAAAAGUGAUAGACCAAAUAAAUACAAAAAUUUGCAAAUAAGAUAUGUAAGAGGAUUAGAUCCAAUCAUUAAAUUGCUGGAUGCUGAUAAUAAAGUAGAAGAUAUUCUUGAUAUACAUAAAUGGGAUACAGAUUCAAUCGAUGAAUUUUUAGCAACACAUCUUUCUACCGAUUAGAAUAAGGUAUUAAACAAAAUGUCUUAUUUUGUAUUUUCUUAUUACAUUAAAAUUAACAUACUUUGUAAUUAAA